AUGGCGUCAACAGGCAGUACACCUUUUCCUAAAUGGCAAUUGGCGAUUCUCCUUGGCGCACCUCUCGCCAUCGGUUUAGGUUACCUUUAUCUGAGAAACCGAUUAGAAGAUCCAGAGAAGAAAAAGGUGUCUGAACUGAAGGCCAAGACUACCAUUUCAUUAGACAAUGAAGAUAAUAAUGCAAAGGUUACCGAAAGCGCUAUCGACCGCGCUAUGAAAUUGAAAGGUGCCGGAAACCGUGCUUUUCAUGCAGGCGAAUAUGACAAAGCUAUUGCUUUAUACAACGAAGCGAUCGAGGCUUGUCCUCCAGAUCGUCCCGUCGAUCUUGCCACAUUCUACCAGAAUCGUUCUGCUUGUUACGAGAAGCGUGAGAUGUGGGAGCAAGUCAAAGAAGACUGUACGUUUGCUCUAAAACUCAACGAAAAGUAUGUCAAAGCAUUUUUAAGGCGUUCACGUGCAGCGGAAAAGAGUGGAGAUCUAGUGUUGGCCCUAGAAGAUGUUACCUCUGCAUGUAUUCUUGAACGAUUCCAAGUGCAGAGUUCUUUAGUCAAUGCUGAUAGAAUAUUGAAAGCUCUUGGCAGGCAACACGCGCGCGAGGCCCUGGCUAAAAGACGGCCUGUUAUGCCCUCCAAGCAUUUUAUUAAAACCUAUUUCUCAGCAUUCUCAGAAGAUCCUAUCUCCAAACUUCAUCUUGAUGAUAAAGUAGUAGGUGGAUUUGCUAAAGCCAAGCAAGCCUUAGAUGCUCAAGAUUAUGAAUCUAUUGUGGAUGCAUGUACUGAAGAAUUGAAUGACGCUGAUGGAAAGUACAAAAAUGAAGCCCUUUUGCUACGUGCAACAUUUUAUUUGUUGCUAGGCAGGCAUGAUGAAGCUCAAGCAGACCUUGCUAAAGUCAUUGAUAGUGAAACAUCUAUCAAAGUGAAAGUAAAUGCACUGAUCAAGCGUGCCUCUUUAUUUACACAAUUAGAAAACACUGAACACUGCUUGGAAGACUUUGCACGAGCUGCCCAGCUGGAUCCCAACAACUCUGAUAUUUACCAUCAUCGUGGACAAGUGUACUUACUUUUGGAGCGUAUGGAUGAGGCAACAUCUGAAUUUGCAAAGGCUGUUGAAUUAAACCCUGACUUUUCAAUUGCAUUUAUUCAAAAGUGUUAUGCUGAUUAUAGGCAUGCACAGAUCAACAAAAAUGUUGGAGCCUUGACUCAGGUUCGGGCAGAUUUCGAACGUGCAUUGGAAAGGUUUCCUCGAUGCGCUGAAGCUUAUAUAUUGUUUGCUCAAGUGUUAUCUGAUCAGCAGGAGUGGGGUCGUGCUGAAGCUUUAUUUGAUUCUGCACUUACAGUGGAUCCCAACAAUGCUACAUUAUAUGUCCAUAAAGGAUUAGUUCAACUGCAGAAGAGUACAGAUUUUGAUAAAGCAGUCAAAUUGAUUAACAAGGCCAUUGAGAUGGAUGAUAAAUGUGAUUUUGCAUAUGAGACAUUGGGCACUAUUGAAGUACAGCGAGGCAACUUGAGACGGUCAUUAGAAUUAUUUGAGAAAGCCAUUUCACUAGCCAAGACAGAACUGGAGAUGACGCACCUGUUCUCCCUAAAGGAUGCAGCAGCAGCACAACUGAAAGUGUCGGAGCGCUGGGGAUUGGAUUGGACUCAACCCUCCGUCGCAUCGCAGCCAGCCUGCGUCCGACGCCAGCUACGCGCCACGGCUGCAAGACGACCUUCGUCCCCAAAGAUCCAGGGCCAAACAGACAAAACUCACUCACUGAAUGUCAACGGCAGACGCAUAGAGGUCAGUAUUGACAGGACAGAGCCCGCACACCUCCAACCCGACCUAGCCCCAGAUUCAACGCCUGAUGUCCAGCAGCCGCUGCCAGUCAGCUCAACACCGUUCCCCAAUCCAGUAACUACCGGACGAAGGUGCUGGCUUAUGUUAUUUUUUAUUGAAACACAUGCGGUAAUCCUAUGUUACAACUGCUCAUCAACUCAUCGAGAUUGGAAUCAAUGCGGAGGAGAUUUUGUACCCUCUACAUUCCCUCUUAAUAUCACGCGAAAUAAUCUCAUUAACUGUACCGGAGAAAAUGCAAUGUGCUUUGUGAGGUCUUGGACAGCGCGUUCCCGUCAUUCAUGGAUCGUUCAGAGAGGAUGUUAUCAGGCCACUGCAGACGACAAUCUUCCUCGAUUGAUGAAUACGCCCACAAGAGCUAUGUCUUGUAAACUGGACAGAUAUCCCGAAGCUGAUUACAAAGUAUGCCUUUGUCAAGCAGACUGGUGCAAUUCUGCGUCAACUGUGGUCCCAACUAUAAUUCAAUACCUUACAAAGAUACCGAGAUACAUUAUUGAGAAAUUUAUUGCUUUAACCUUUAAACUAAUAUAA